AUGGGCUUCUUCCAGUCUUUCACUUGGGCCAAACUGGGCUCUGAUUCUUGGCUGCUUUUGCUGGUCUGGGCUCCCCGAUAUCAGACCGGACAAAAUGUGGUGUCUACAUCACCUAUCAUGAACUUUUACGUACGGUACCUAGAGAUGCAGGCUUCUCCAUCACAAAAGGCUACUUGUGAUUAUCACAUAUUUAAUGCAUUCUUCUACAACAAGCUUAAACAGCAGUUGUCACGAAAGGGAGGUGAAAAGGAAUCCUUCUUUGUCAAGUUUAGAAGAUGGUGGAAGGGUGUGAACUUAUUUGAGAAGGCAUACAUACUGAUUCCUAUACACGAAGAUCUACACUGGAGCUUGGUGAUCAUCUGUUUCCCAGAGAAGAAGGACAACAGAUCAGGACCAAUGUUGCUUCAUUUGGACUCAUUAAAGCUCCACUAUAGCAGAGUUGUAUUGGAGGAUAUAACUAGCUUUUUGAGAGAAGAAUGGCAAUAUUUACAUCAAGAAGUUGCUCGUCAGUCAGAUGUUGAGAUCUCUGACAAAAUAUGGAAGCGUCUUCAUAACAUUUCUUCAAGAAGAAUCGAGGUUCCACAACAGAAAAAUGAUUAUGAUUGCGGUAUCUUUGUACUUUAUUUCAUGGAGCACUUCAUUGACGAAGCCCCGGAGAGGCUGAAAGAAGUGGAUCUGGACAUGUUCGGCAAGCAAUGGUUCAAACCUGAAGAGGCAUCUCGCUUGAGAAAGAAAAUAAGAGAUUUGCUCAAGACCGAGUUUCGUAAAUUAAGAAAGCGCAGCAUUGCUUGCGAAUCAUUGGCUGUCCCUUCCGGAGGAUCAACUUCAGCAGAAAACAGUAAUUCAACUGAGUCGUCAUGA